AUGUCGAGUGGGUCUUUAGAAGACCUUGUGUCUUCGCCGUCGGAGAACAAUAGACUAAAUGACGGGACCAUCAAUCCUGUUUUUGAGAACAAAGACGAAGUCAGCGGGAAAGAAGUUCCAAACGAGGACAGCUCGGAUUUAGGCGAAAGAUUUCUGGAUGACUUUAAUUUCCCAAAUUCCGAAGAGGAAGAUAAAAGUGAAAUAAGAUCCGACGUUGACAAUGUGAAAACAGAAGAGGAUUUCCAAAAGGAAAAUGAUAGUGGCAGAUCAACAACAUCCUCUCAAGAACAGACCACGGAGAAUUACACUCUGAAGCAAUCAGAUAAACCCAACCCAACCACAACAAAUGAAUCAUUAAAUGAGAAAAACGAGGAGUGCAGACUUCGCGGUGAUUAUACUUCAGAAACAAAACAGCCCGCUGCACAACCUAAAAAUGCUUCAAAAUUGGUUACAAAAUCAAAAAGUAAUACGGACAACAAUCCAGAAAACCUGGACUACGUAUGGGGACCAUUAUUUCAAGAACUACCUUCUAAAACUGUAUCGUUUUCUCCACACUAUGCAAUUGGAAACAAUUCUCGGACACAAGAUUUUCUACGGCAAAGGAAACCGCACUUUCAGUUAAAGCCAGAAAAAUUAAGAACAAAAGUAAGUCACGCCAAUAAAUCGAAAAGCAAGGAGGAUGAGGAUAAAUGGCACCACAUUAUCCGUGAUAUCAUUCAAGCCAUUUUUGUUCGUAUGCUGUUGAUCUGUCAUAGCUUUCUCUGUGUCUGGAGAGCUGUUGACGUGAGAAAGGAUGAACUCUACUGGUGCCUGGCUCUCACCAAUGUUAUUCUAAUUCUAGAGACAAUUUAUACCGUUAUUAAACGACAGGGGAGGGAUCCAAAAUGGAUUUGUCCAUGCUUUGUGAUUUAUCUUGGAGGAACGGUGCCUGCUCUUUGGUUUCUACAGAUUGAUAAACUAGACCGAUAUAAUGCAGCGAUGACAACAAACAUCUCUAAUCUGACCGAUUCCUUACAAGAGGCGUUGUCUUCUAUAGAUGGGAUACAGAUUCCCAUUUACCUAGAUCCCGAUACAUGGGUAGCCAUCUUAGAGCAGAUUUUGCUUUUUGUUUUGGUUGUUGGACGCAUGCUUCUUCCACUAGGACCACUGUCACGCGAAGAACUUUCUCAACUGCUCUUCAUUUAUAUUGGAUCGGGUUCAGACGUCAUGGAGUUGUUUGUGGUUUUCGAUGAGCCACAGUUUCGAACAAAUUCCCCGUUAAAGUAUGCUACAUUAACGGUAUGGUCUGUUAGUCUUUUACAAUUUACUUUCGUUCUUACCGCUGCAAAAAGCCCAAAGAAGAUCCGAUUGGGAACUUCUGAAGAUAGAUACCAUGAUGUUAAAGGGAAACGUUCAGUGUUCGGGAUUGAGAUCCUUAGCCUUUUCCUCUCAUUCUUACUGAUGGACGGGCCUUAUUGUGCACUAAGACUGUAUGCCAUUAUCGAGUAUAAGGUUGUGAGCUAUGGUAUCAUAUUCUUCACAUGUAAAAAUAUUCUGAUGUUGGUUUUAUUAAUGUAUCGAAUGUUUAUCAUUUGCAUUAAGUAUAGAAAUAGGGGUAAAGAACAGCGAGAAGCAUUAAGAGAGAUUGCUCACCGAAAACAUGUUUCAAAUAUCAUAUAA